AUAUUUUUUCCAAUCUGCAGGAACACAGCUGGAUCCUGAAUUUGUUUAUGUGAGUCAAACAUUGAGUUGGUUCAGCGCUCAGAGGUACUGCAGGGAGAACUUCAUGGACCUGGCCACUGUGAGGAACGACACUGAGAGCCAGAAGGUCCAGAGCUUAAUACCGAGUGAAAAAAAGGCAUGGAUCGGUUUGUUCGGAGAUCCUCACACUUACUGGUCUGAUGGGAGUGACUCCUCAUUCAGAUACUGGUCCACAGGUUCACACUCAAUUGACUGGAAGAGUGUCGCAUGUGGUCUUUCAGAUGUGUGGAUUUCAGGAAAAUGGCUUUUACUUCCCUGUAACUAUAGAUACACAUUUGUCUGCUACAGCGUCCCUGUAAUGAAACGGGCAGUGAAGCUGAGGAUGAAGCUGGAGGACUCCUCUGUGGAUCUGAACGACCCUGCUGUGAAAGCAGACCUGCUGAAAAAGCACCAGGACAAGCUGCAGCAGAAAGGAGAGGGUGGAGUCACCCUGAAGUGGAGAGAGCAGCCUGAUGGGAAAGUCUUCCACAAAGAGGAAGAUGAGCUCUGAAACUGAAAUCCAACUUGUGUUUCUCUGUAAUCCUUGAAUGUGAAUGUUGAUAUUCUACCUGCUAAUUCACACUAAGAUCAGUGUCUGAAGAGCUAAACCAGAACCCUGAAUCCAUCCUGUAGACCUGUAGUCAUAGGAGGGUUUGUCCCUCAUCAGCAA